AUGGCCUUCGCCUUAACUGUGCACAAGACGCAGGGGCUGACCCUGGACAAGAUUUCCGUCAGCCUCGACAGUGGCAUGUUCGCGCCUGGUCACGCCUAUACGGCUAUGAGCCGGGCGCGUGCCUGGGACGACGUCGAUAUUAGCUCGCUCGAUCUCGAGGCGUUCGCAGUCGAUAUGGAGGCCAUCGCGGAGUAUCGUAGGCUAGAGGCUUUAUAG